AGAAGCCUGCGUUCCGUUCAGCAGCUUCUCGUCGCCCACCGCGAGCGCACGCACCAUGUUCUCCCGGAUAGCUUCAUGCUACAUGCAGGACUCGAGUCGGUGCGGGCCACCGCCGAAUGAUCGUGGGCAAGAACAAGCAGCUAGCGUCUACGGCUCGCUGCAUACAGGCGCUGGUGCACACUCGACAUCCCAGUCAGGAUAAAAUCUGCUUGUUUAGAAAGGAUGUCUCGCAGAGCAGCAGUAAUCGAGGAGUUCGACGACGACACCGAGCUCCCCCUCGCAAGCCGCCCGUUGUCAAACACUGGUGCAAAGGGUGCGAUCCUCGAAGAGAUCUCGGACGACGAGGACGACAUUCCUAUUCUUGCGGAGCCGACAGCGGGCCCUGCGUCUCCGUCACAAACACAGUUCAAGUCGGCCACUCCUGUGCCUCCGAGGGACGAGCGGACGGUGACGGACAUCACACCGUACAAGAAAUGGACGUGCAUCUACCCUAUCUACAUCGACGCAAAGCGGCCAUGCGGGCGAGGCGAGCGGCGCAUCGCACGCUCAAAGAGCAUCUGGUGGCCGCUCAGCAAAGACAUCGUCGACGCAAGCAACCGCCUCGGCCUCGGCACGCUCCACGAGAUCCACAAGGCGCACCCGCGCGACUGGGAGAACCCCGGCCGCGUGCGCGUGCAGUGGAAGAAGGACGGACGGCUCAUGAACCCUGCCAUCCGGACCAAGAAGCAGCUGCUCGAACGCAUAGCCGCGCAGAUCCAGGUGCUCAAGCCCGAUAACGUCCCGCGCCCGCCGUACGACGCGACGACGGCGUCGGCGCCGGCACCGGUCUCGGCGCGCGUGGAGGCGGGCGACGCUGCGGGUCCGAAGCCGGCGGCGGCGACGGCGGUGACGAAGGGUAAGCAGCCCGCCGGGGCGAAGGGCACGAAGAGCGUGGCGGCGUCGGCGGCCGUGUCGAUCUCGACGGCGAGUCCGUCGCAGUCGAAGAGCCAUAGACCGAAGCCGCCCAGCCCGCCCGCGCCGUACCCGCCACUGACGAGCAGGGUCUCGCCGUACUCACCCUCGCUGCCGUCGGGCGUGCUGAUCGAGGCGGUGAAGGCGGGGAUGAGCGCGCAGGAGGCGGCGCCGGGGGUCGGAGGGCUUGGUGGGAAGGGGAAGAGGAAGGUCGUGAGGGUGAGGGGAUGAGCUCGUUGUUGUACCUUAGUGUUCCCUUCCCCUGUUGCAUGUGCCUACGAAUUGAUAUCUGUAUCUCGGAUUUUU